ACUCACCAUUCAUUACUAGCAAAAAUUCAUGACAACACAUUGCUGAAAAAUCCAAAUUUAAGAUUAUCACAACAAUGGCAUCAACAUCUCUGCUACUUCCACUCAGUUCAGCAUUUUCUAUAAAUUUGUUCAAGAAUCAUCAUCAAACAAUCAUAAACCCCAAAAUUCAAAAUGGGGUUACUAGGAAAUGGGGUUUAAGAUUGUGGGCACAAGAGAAUUUGAUGGGUACUGUUGAAGAUGCUGAAAGGUACAAUACAACCAAGCGCAGAGAUUUGUUAAUGGGGUUGGGGUUUUGUGGGGUUUCAAGUUUCUUGGUGGGUUCUUGUUAUGCUGAGGCAGCUGGAUUGCCACCAGAGGAAAAGCCAAAACUUUGUGAUGCUACAUGUGAGAAAGAGCUUGAAAAUGCUCCUAUGGUAACAACUGAGUCAGGCUUGCAGUAUAAGGACAUCAAAGUUGGUCGAGGCCCUAGUCCCCCUGUUGGUUUCCAGGUCGCUGCAAAUUAUGUUGCGAUGGUUCCCUCGGGACAAAUUUUUGACAGCUCCCUGGAGAAAGGUCGACCUUACAUUUUCCGUGUAGGCGCUGACCAGGUAAUCAAAGGACUUGAUGAAGGGAUCCUGAGCAUGAAAGUUGGAGGACUACGUCGACUCUAUGUACCUGGAUCUUUGGCGUUUCCAAAAGGCCUGACAUCGGCUCCUGGAAGGCCAAGAGUGGCUCCUAACAGCCCCGUGGUAUUCGAUGUGAGUUUGGAGUUCAUACCAGGCCUUGAAUCCGACGAAGAGUGAUAAUUUCUCUUUUUUUUCUUGUAUUGUUUUCCCCUUGCCAUGUAUCUAUAAAGAUGAGGAAAGGCUCAUGUAAUUACUAUCAUUAUUCCUACUGCAUUUCUCUAUUAUAUGUUCAUUUCUUUGCUGUAUACA